CCAGGCUGGGCGAACGGUGCGGAUACCACGCAGCCACGCCACGACGCGUGCACGCACAGGCCGAAGAACCUCACGCUACCCCGCUGCGAGCAGGUCCCAGAACCGUAGACAGCCUUGCCGGAGCCGGCGCCUCGAGGCCACCAGAUGUUUGCUGCCAUCCAGCCAGGGCUAGCAGAGGGGGCCCAGUUCCUGGGCGGCCUGCCUCCUGGAAUAUGUCAACCUGAGCUCCAACCAGACAACAAUUCCAACUUUGUGGACAGUGCUAAGGAUGCCAAUAAGAACUGGCAUGGCGUGCCAGGCAAAGUGGAGCCCGCUGAGUCACCCUCUGACAACCAGGUCUUCCAAGCCACUGGGCACCUCCAGGCGGGAGUCCGCAGUCCCCCGGAGGGUGCAGAGAUCUGUGGCGCUGAGCCAGAGAAGUUGAGUGGUGCCAGCAGUGUCUGCUCUCCUCUGGAGGACAUUGGUUACGCCAGCAGUUCCUUGAGCAUCGACAGCCUUAGCAGCAGUCCAGAACCUAUCUGCGGGACUCCUCGAGGCCCGAGCCCUCUGGAUCCCCUUCUGCCCUCUGUGGCCCAGGCUGUGCAGCAGCUGCAGGCUCAGGAGCGCUACAAAGAGCAGGAGAAGGAGAAGCACCAUGCGCACUUGGUGAUGUACCGUCGCUUGGCACUGCUUCAGUGGAUUCGGGCUCUCCAGCACCAGUUGGUUGACCAGCAGGCCCGACUGCAAGAGAGCUUCGAUACCAUCCUAGACAACCGAAAGGAACUUAUCCGCUGUCUCCAACAGAGGGAAGCACCUUGCAGGCACCAGGACCAUUGCUAAGGGUGUGCCCGAGUGUGUGUAUUUGCAGGCCUGUGUGUGGUUAUGCACAAGUAAGUAUGUAUGCAAGUAAACAUUAAUUAUGUAUGUGCUAACAUGUAGGCAUAUGUGGAUGACGUUAUAUGUUAUGUGUAGCAUGUAUGUUUAUGUAUGCAUGUGUGGCUAGGUGCCUAGGAAUAUGUAUAUAUUCCCAAAUAAGAUAUACAUGCAAAAGAUUUGUAUGCAUAUGUAUCAGUUAAAUAUAUAGGUUUAUAUUGGGUGUGAAUGAACCUUUGUGUGUUGAGAUUUAUAUGUGCCAGUGCUGGCAUAAGAAGCAUAAGUUAGGAACAUGUGUAUUUGCAGAGAGACUUAAGAGCAGGUGUGUGCAAAUAUAUGUUCAAUUGUACCUGAAGGGCAUCCACCCAUCCCCUGUGUUUCCAAAGUCUACCCCAGCCUUAUUCUCUCCUGGAGCUUCCCAGGCUAUCUUCUAUCCUUUCCCCUCAUUUAACCUUGCUCUGUCUGCUAAGAUCACUGUUGGCUUUUGGCAAGAACUUGUUCUGCUUAUUGCGGUACAAAGGAUUGAGCCCAAAGCCUUGUGCACGCUAGGCAAAUGUCUUACCACUGAACUGCGUCCUGGGCCCCUGUUAAGAGGCUUCAUGGGCUGCUCCAGCCUUCCUUUGCACAUUUGCUGCUGUUUGGUGGGGACAGUCGGUGGAAAUGGGUGUCAGGGAGGGAACUGGCAGGAGUGGAGGAAGGGAUAAAGAAAGACAUAAGAAACUGUCUUCGAGGGACGUGGUGGCGCACGCCUUUAAUUCAAGCACUCAGGAGGCAGAGGCAGGCGGAUCUCUGUGAGUUCCAAGCCAGCCUGGUCUACAGAUCAAGUUACAGGAUAGUCAGGGCUGUACAGAAAAACCCUGUCUUUAAAAAAGAAAAAGAAAGAACUGUCCUCUUGUGCCCUCUUUGGCUCCAUGGGAGGUGGGGGUGGGAGAGAAUGAAGAUGUUAGAUCUCUCUGAAGAACAGAAGAAUGGAAUUCCAGAACACAGCACACUACCUCACUGUGAGGAGAGGCUGAACACCAACCAUGUUCAUUUAGGUUUCUGCUGAAGGGCACUGUGUGCAUAUAAGCAUGCAGGUAUAGACCAGAUGCACCAAGGCUGUCAGGGCACUGGGAGGAAACCUCCCUUCUCAUCACCUCCCCCUUGCUGCCUACCUUGCUUUAGCAACGUCCAAUUGGUUUGGUUCAUUUUUCUGAAAUCUGACUGUCCAGAGGAGCCAAAACUCAGUUUCCAAGCUCAGGGGACAGUGUCAGCUCAGCCUCCUGAAGCCCUGGAAUGGUUGGCUAUACUUCUCUUUUUCUACAUUGCCCCUUUGAACAGGGAUGGACAGGCCCCAGCAGAGGCUUCAAGCCUUGGAGAUGAAUGCAUAUUGGGUCAACCAAUAAUUAAGGUAGCAGAGCCUUUUGUUUUGUUUCUGGGUGCCAAGAGAAUACAGGGUCCUAGUGGGCGAGCAAUGACAUGAAGAGGGAAUGGUGGCAGUGACACGGAAGGCACAGAUGGUGUCUCUAGCCCUCAGGCUACCCACCUGCGCAGUGGGGGCCCUUCCACUCUGUCUCCAAAGAGUUUCAUCCUCAAUGGGUGGGUGGGUGAAAUGUGGGCCUGGGGGACUUCCUAUAGUUCUUGCAUGUUGAAUGUGAACCUGGCCUCUGGACCAAUCCAGGAUUAAAUAAACUAAGGCAGAUAAUUAAA